UCCCAAGCCCGGGCUCUUGCCACCGAGCCACGCUGCGAUGGUAGGCAAGAAGAGAAGCUCUAGAGGCAAACGUCAUGAAGUCAAAUAGGGUCCAAGUUUUGACGAUUUUUAAAAAAUAUCCUAAUUUUCAUACGAAGCCAAGUAUCUUGAACAGUCUAUCUGCAAUUUUCCCCUAAGAUGUCUGAAGCCAAAUCUCCAGAGAAAAAGAGACCUCGUAAGAGUUUGUCAAGGAAUAAAAACCGAAAAAAUGAAACAGAGGGUAAAUCGAACCCUAUCGUAUCUCUCUUUAACAAUGCACCGCCAGCCAAACUCGCCUGUCCUUUUUGUAGAAAAUUGGUGCCAAGAUACAGUUUAAAUGCACACAUUGAUGCAGGGUGCCCGAAGAACAGUGACAACACAGUCGAUCCGGAGCGUGACGGGUCGGAAAAUCCUCAUCUAUCCGUCGUGUGCCAGACUCCAAAGAAAUCCUCACCGUCGGCGGCAAGAAUAAGCCCCGGCCAAAGCAACCCCGAGAAAGGGAGCGUUGGGCAACGGACGAGCCCCUACUUUGAGGCGAAUGAUAAACCGACAGACGAUAUUCAGGAUGAGCGGAGAAGUCGGUCUGUGAAAGAAAUCCCACUGGGAAGCCUGUCAUCUAAACUGACUAGGAAGUAUAAAGAGGCUAGAAAAUUGGAGCAGAAUGGGAGUUUUAAGGCACGUGAAGUUGAGGCACAGAGAGGGCAAUGUACAGUUGACAAUAUGCCAGCCUGUGGUCGUAGGGAAGGCAAUAUGGAGAAUGAUUCUGGAAACAAAAAUCAGCUUCUUAUAGCAAAGCCUUCUGGAGCCUUCCGGAAAGAAGACGCUUCCUCCAAAAAUAUCUCGGAAAGUAGGGAAAUAAAGGGAAGUCCUGAGAGUGCUCAGGAACACGAGGCAGUGAGGCCCUCGGCUGGUCCCAUCGAAGAUCCUCUUCAGUUAGCGGUACCAGACCACGCUCUUGGCGGUCAACUGUCAGCUUCAGAGAAGGUUCUAGAAAAACAGAAGAGUUAUAAAGUUGCAAAUGAAAAUCAAGACGAAUCCACAGCACCGAGAACAAAAACGAGCCGUGCUUCGGGAGGCAAAGCUCAUCUCACCAAGAACGAUCGCUUUUUGGGGAAUUCAGAAGAGAAUUUUAAGUGCCACAUAAAUCAUCCUGAAAAGAGGACUGUGGAAGGAUUUCCUGUGGAAGGGUGCAAUAACUUAAAGGACAGAACGAUUUGCGGUACUUUUUCGGACCUUUCAGAGGAGUUAGGGCCAAGCGGUGAUGUUCCAGAAAAGAAGAGUCACGAUUUUAGAUGGAGCUCAAUGCCCGAGUCUUCAAAUCAGCCUUAUUACCUUAGAAGUUUCCUUAUGGUCCUGCAAGGAGUCCUAGAAAAUGAAGAUGAUCUGAGGCUCUUUGACCAACAGGAUACUGACAUCAUCGCUAAGUUUUAUCAGCUUUCAGGAAAUGGCCAGAGAUUAUACGUAAGACUUUUCCAACGUAAGCUAAAUUGGAUCAAAACGAGCAAGAUAGAAUAUGAAGAAAUCGGUCCAGAUUUAUCGCCAGUAAUCGAAGAAUUGAAGCAAGCAGGUUUUCUGCAGUUAGAAUCCGAAUUGCAAGAACUCUCCGAAGUGCUUGAUCUACUUUCUGCUCCUGAGCUAAAAACCUUAGCGAAGACCUUUCACUUGGCAAACCCCAAUGGUCAGAAACAGCAACUGUUAGAUGCCUUUCUUAAAUUAGCCAAACAGCGCUCUGUCUUCAGCUUCGGCAAGAAUCAACCUUCCAUUGAGGCAGUGAUUUUAAAAAGGGCGAAGGAUUUGGCUGGACAGUCAGUCAGGGUUUGUAAAGGGCCUAGAUCCUUGUUUUCCCGGAUCUUGCUCCUCUUUUCAUUGACCGAUUCGGUGGAAAAUGAAGAAGCCGCUUGUGGUGGGCAAGGCCAACUUUCUACCGUGCUUAUGGUAAACUUGGGUCGCGUGGCAUUCCCCAGGUACACUGUAAACAGGAAAUUACAAAUCUUUCAGGACAGAAAUGAUCUCAUCAGAUACGCAUCAGCUGUUCAUACAUUGAACGAUGUGGCCACCGCAAUGACUAAUGGAAAUUGGAAGGAGGCUAAUGAGCUGUACAAAUGUGCAAAAGAGGUCUGGAACAACUUGAAAAAUCACUCUUCACUGAGAUUCCAUGAAGAGUUGCCUCUUUACUUGAGGUGUUUUACGGUUGGUUGGGUUUAUACAAGGAUUAUGUCUCGAGGAGUUGAAAUUUUACAGAGAUUGCACAUGUAUGAGGAAGCCGUUAACGAACUUAAAAACCUGUUGUCUCAGAACAUUUACUGUCCUGACAGCAGAGGACGUUGGUGGGAUCGAUUGGCUCUCAAUUUACAUCAGCAUUUGAAACGCAUUGAACAGGCUAUUAAGUGCAUCUCACAAGGUUUAUCGGAUCCAUUUGUACGGACAGGACAUCGGUUUUCUCUUUAUCAGCGGGCAUUGCGCCUGAGAGAUUCACCAAGCUGUCAAAAAUUCAAACACCUCUUUCAAAAACUGCCUGUAAUAACUGUUGAAGAUGUUACACAUGUGACGAUCAAAGGAAAAAUGUGUCCCCAGAGUGGGAUGGGGAAAUCUGUAUUCCUAAUUGAAGGUAAUGGAGAUGAAGAAGACCCUAGCCUAACCACAGUCAUGUGCUCGGUUGAGGAGUUGGCACUAAGCUAUUACAGACAGAAUGGCUUCGAUCAAGGAAUUCAUGGAGAAGGAUCCACAUUUAUUACACUCUAUAGCCUUCUAAUGUGGGACAUCAUUUUCAUGGAUGGAGUCCCUGACGUGUUCCGAAAUCCAUAUCAGGCAUUCCCAUUGGAUCUGUACACCGACAGCUUCUAUGAAAACAGGAAAGAUGCAAUCGAAGCCAGGCUCCGGUUGCUUCAGCAAGCUCCUCCUGAAACUUUGAGACAGUUGAUUGCAGAGGUUUGGAACGCCCAGGAGGGUAAAGCAGCAGCAGUUGUUAGCUGGGACCGCUUCACUUCACUCCGACAAGCUCAGGAUCUGAUCACCUGCUUCGGGGGUUGUUUCUUAAGUGGCGUAUGCAGAAAACUAGUCACGGACCUUCGGCACUGCAGAGGGGGCCUCCCCGAUCUAGUUGUGUGGAAUACUCAGGAUAAGCGUUUCAAGCUGGUGGAAGUUAAAGGCCCCAACGACCGCCUAUCCCACAAACAGAUGAUCUGGUUGGACGAGCUGCAGAAGCUGGGAGCUGAAGUCGAAGUCUGCCACGUGGUUGCCGUUGGAGCCAAGGGUAAUCGUCUGAGCUAAAGCCUCGAUUGUUCAAUGUCACACCUGCUGCCAUCCCUAAAUGGUGAAGAACGAAAGUGAACGAGAUGCCUGCCUCCUCCUCCUUUUAUCUUCACCACCUCAUACCUAGACUGCCGUCACAAAUGAUUGUUUUCCGAAGGACCCUUGCCAGGUUUUUUGGAGGGGGUUGAUGUAGGCUAGAUUAGAACUAUGGACGAGGAUUUUGGGGGUGGGUCAGCGUGAUUUUGCUACUGUGGCUUUGGUUCUUGGGCCUAUAGGGGAGGAUACUAACCCUUCUCCUCGCCUGUUUUUUCCAAGGCUGAUGAGUACAGGAAUUUUAUGUACAGCUGGUAAGGGCCGUAGGCCAAGAAAGCUAAUUACCGCACCUUUUGGGUGCUUAUAUUCUGCUGCUAAGCGUCAAGCCAUGCAGGGUGAGUAUACGACUUGCCUUUGUAAGCAUUGAUUUUUAUAUAGUGGGAGAGUGGGGCCGCCUUCAUGAAUUUGCUUAACUUUGGGGGGGGGGGGGGAGGGGAAUGGAUCUUUUAUAACCUUAUUCCUUAAUCAGUGGUAUUUAUUGGGGGCUUACUGUGUGCAGAGCACUGUCCUAAGCACGUGGGCGCGUCCAGUACAGCAGGGUUGGCAUACACAUUCCCUGAAUCUGUACCAAUUUUGUUUUUUUAAAACUACUUCCAGACACCCCUGUACUUACCAGAACGCAAGUUUCACGUACUCCAGUUGUAAGUGUAACCUCGUUGCUGUGAACAGAAUAUUUUGAGUGGAGGGGUUCAGGAAGAUGUAGUACAGGCUGAAAUGAAAAUGCUCGAAUGGUAUGUCUGAUUAUUUGGAUGUUUUUAUAUUGACGAAUACACCAACAGAAUCUCUGUGGAAAAGCAUGAACUUUUAUUUGACAAAAUUACCUUCACAUUCAUUCCCUCCUAGUGACAAGCUCUAUACUUAGAAUUUCCUGUCCAUUCUACAUGUAACAGUCAUUAGGCACAAAGGUUUUAGUUUUCUUUUAAGUUACCUCUAAACCAUUUGCGAUUGCUUCUAAUGAAAGAAGAUUCUGCAACUAAAAGGAAUUUGUGGAACAGUGUUUUUCAUCUCUUAGGAUUUCAAGUUAAAGGUUAAGACAUUUUUGGCUUUAGUAUAAAUGUCCGUCUGAGAUCAACGGUCAGCUAUGUGUACCUGAAAUUAUAGAAUUCAAAAUUAUUAAAUACUUAGUGACCUUACACUACAUUUCUUGCAAAAAUAAAGUUUUAUUGGUACUGUA